AAAAAGAAGAAAUUUUCACUUCUCUGACAUCCUUAAAUUAAUCUUAGCUCACAUCUGUCAAUGCCCUUCCCUCACUUGUAGAUUCACAGCUAAAUCCUCUCUCUCUCUUUCUAUCUCUUUACAUCACCUGAAGACAAAAAAAAUCCCACUUUUCUUUUUAUCUUUCUUUGUUUUGUCUGCUUCUUAUCUAACUUCCAGUUGCCCGCACAGAAAAGAAGAUCCCAGAAAAUAUGAAUGAACUUUCCGGGAUCUCAUGUGCAGCUGGUUUUGGAGAAUCUUGUUUAUAAUAUCAUUUGGUGUUGAAACUUGAAAGCAUCUUUUGAGAACUUCAGUUCUUUGUCAGUAUCUGCAGCUCCUGAAGAAAAAAGAAGUUUCUUGGUUUUGGUGGUGUCUAUGUGUUUGAAUCAGUGCGAUUAGAUUCAUAUUUGCGUAGAAUGGCUGGUGGCAGGAGAAAGAAGCAGCAUUUUAGCAGAAUACAUGCCUUUUCUUGUGGGAAAGCAUCUUUCAAAGGGGAGCACUCAUUGAUUGGAGGGCCUGGUUUCUCAAGGGUAGUGUAUUGCAAUGACCCUGAAUGCUUUGAGGCAGGUCUCCUCAACUAUGGUGAUAAUUAUGUCAGAGGUACAAAGUAUACACUUGCAACCUUCUUCCCAAAAUCGUUGUUUGAGCAGUUCAGGAGGGUUGCCAAUUUUUAUUUUCUUAUCUGUGCAAUAUUGUCCUUCACCCCACUCUCUCCUUACUCAGCUGUCAGUAAUGUUCUUCCAUUAGUUGUUGUAAUUGGAGCUACCAUGGGAAAGGAGGUUGUCGAAGAUUGGAGGCGAAAAAAGCAGGACAUUGAGGUGAAUAACAGGAAAGUUAAGAUGCAUCAAGGUGAUGGUAUUUUUGAACAUACUAAAUGGAUGGAUUUGAAAGUUGGAGAUAUAGUCAAGGUGGAAAAGGAUGAAUUCUUUCCUGCUGAUCUUAUUUUGCUCUCAUCAAGUUACGACGAAGCUAUUUGCUAUGUUGAAACAACAAACCUUGAUGGAGAAACCAAUUUGAAACUAAAACAAGCAUUGGAAGCAACUUCAAGCAUGCAUGAGGAAUCAAGCUUUCAAAACUUCAAGGCUGUCAUUAGAUGUGAAGAUCCAAAUUCAAAUUUGUACUCCUUUGUUGGCAGUUUGGAACUUGGAGAAGAACAGCAUCCUCUAUCCCCCCAGCAGCUUCUACUUAGGGACUCCAAAUUACGAAACACGGAUUAUAUUUUUGGUGCUGUUAUCUUCACAGGCCAUGACACAAAGGUUAUUCAAAAUUCAACAGCACCUCCUUCAAAGAGAAGCAAGAUUGAGAAGAGGAUGGAUAAGAUUGUGUACUUUCUGUUUGCUGUCCUGGUUGUGCUGUCCAUUAUUGGGUCAAUUUUCUUUGGGAUAGCAACCAGGGAGGACCUGGAAAAUGGAAGAAUGACAAGAUGGUACCUUAGACCAGAUAAGACUACAAUUUAUUAUAACCCAAAAAGAGCAGCAGUUGCAGCAAUUUUGCAAUUUUUGACAGCCCUCAUGUUGUAUUCAUAUUUGAUUCCCAUUUCCUUGUAUGUAUCCAUCGAAAUUGUCAAAGUUCUCCAGAGCAUUUUCAUCAACCAAGAUCUGCACAUGUACUAUGAGGAAGCAGACAAGCCUGCGCGUGCUCGAACCUCAAAUCUAAAUGAAGAACUUGGCCAGGUUGAUACCAUACUUUCUGAUAAAACAGGAACUUUGACUUGCAACUCUAUGGAAUUUAUCAAAUGUUCUGUAGCUGGAAUAUCUUAUGGCCAUGGAAUUACUGAAGUUGAGAGAGCUCUGGCCUGGAGGAAGGGUUCACCUUUGGCUCAAGAGGCAACAGAGGUAGAGGGCCAAGUAGAGAAGUUUAAGGAAGAGAAGCCAUCCGUCAAAGGGUUUAACUUUGUGGAUGAAAGAAUCACUAAUGGUAAUUGGCCAAAUGAAACUCGUGCAGAUGUAAUCCAGAAGUUCUUACGACUAUUGGCUAUCUGCCAUACUGCAAUACCUGAAGUGGAUGAAGGAACUGGAAGAAUUUCUUAUGAAGCCGAAUCACCUGAUGAGGCAGCAUUUGUGGUUGCAGCUAGAGAACUGGGAUUUGAGUUUUAUGAGAGGACACAAACAAGCAUUUCAUUAUACGAGUUAGAUCCAGUCUCUGGCAAAAAAGUUGAAAGAUCUUAUAACCUAUUGAACAUCUUGGAGUUUAGUAGCUCAAGAAAGCGGAUGUCUGUGAUUGUGAGGAAUGAGGAGGGAAAGCUGCUACUACUUUGUAAAGGUGCCGACAGUGUCAUGUUUGAAAGACUUGCAAAGAAUGGACGAGAAUUUGCAGAGCAAACCAAGGAGCACAUUGAUGAAUAUGCUGAUGCUGGUUUGAGGACUUUGGUACUUGCAUACCGUGAAAUAGAUGAGGAAGAAUAUGUUGAGUUCAAUGAGCAAUUCACAGAAGCCAAGAACUUAGUGAGUGGAGAUCGUGAAGAAAUGAUUGAGGAAGUGGCAGAAAAGAUUGAGAGGGAUUUGAUUCUUCUUGGUGCUACAGCUGUUGAAGACAAACUUCAAAAUGGGGUUCCUGAAUGCAUUGACAAACUUGCACAAGCUGGGAUCAAACUAUGGGUUUUGACAGGAGAUAAGAUGGAGACGGCAAUAAAUAUUGGCUUUGCCUGUAGUUUGCUUAGACAAGGAAUGAAGCAAAUAGUAAUAAAUUCAGAGACUCCAGAAAACAAGGCAUUGGAGAAAGCAGGGGACAAAUCUGCUGUUGCAGCGGCAUUUAAGGCAGGCGUUCUCCAGCAGAUAGCUGAAGGGAAGCAGUUGCUUACUUUAUCAAGUGAAAAUUCUGAGGCAUUGGCUUUAAUUGUUGAUGGGAAGUCACUAACUUAUGCUCUGGACGAUGAUGUCAGAGACAUUUUCCUAGAACUUGCCAUUGGCUGUGCAUCAGUUAUUUGCUGUCGUUCAUCUCCUAAACAGAAGGCACUAGUUACAAGACUGGUUAAAAGUAAAACGGGUAGUACAACUCUAGCAAUUGGUGAUGGAGCAAAUGAUGUUGGUAUGCUUCAAGAAGCUGAUAUCGGAGUUGGUAUCAGUGGUGUGGAAGGAAUGCAGGCUGUGAUGUCAAGUGAUAUAGCAAUUGCCCAGUUCCGCUUUUUGGAGCGCUUGCUUCUUGUGCAUGGACAUUGGUGUUAUAGACGGAUCUCAUCAAUGAUAUGCUAUUUCUUUUACAAGAAUAUUGCAUUUGGUUUCACUAUCUUCUUCUAUGAGAUAUAUGCAUCUUUCUCGGGGCAAGCUGUGUACAACGAUUGGUAUCUGUCUCUCUAUAAUGUCUUCUUCACAUCACUUCCUGUGAUUGCUCUGGGAGUUUUUGACCAGGACAUCUCUUCCCGUUUGUGUCUGAAGUUUCCUCUAUUAUAUCAAGAAGGCAUACAGAAUGUCCUAUUCAGCUGGCUUAGAAUCCUUGGCUGGGCAUUUAAUGGAGUGCUAAGUGCUACCAUAAUCUUCUUCUUCUGCAUCCGAGCAAUGCAGCAUCAAGCCUUUCGCAAAGGUGGGGAAGUUGUUGGAUUGGAGAUCCUUGGCGCUACCAUGUAUACAUGUAUGGUCUGGGUAGUUAACUGCCAAAUGGCACUAUCCAUCACUUAUUUUACAUAUAUACAACAUCUCUUCAUCUGGGGCGGCAUUAUAUUAUGGUAUAUAUUCCUCAUGGCUUAUGGAGCCAUGGACCCAGACAUAUCAACUACCGCCUACCAGGUCUUUGUUGAAGCCUGUGCACCAUCUGGAUUGUAUUGGCUUCUCACACUCCUUGUGCUGAUAUGCUCACUUCUCCCAUAUUUCACUUACUCUGCCAUUCAAAUGCGGUUUUUCCCCUUGUAUCAUCAGAUGAUACAGUGGAUAAGAUCUGAUGGGCAAAGCGAUGACCCUGAGUACUGUCAUAUGGUAAGGCAGAGAUCACUACGUCCCACAACAGUAGGUUAUACUGCACGUUUUGAAGCAAAAUCAAAAAGCUUUAAAGAGAGAGCUGGGGAUCAUUGAUGAUUAUCCUCUUCACUAGUUUCUACCGCAAGAUAGUUGUAUAUUACUUGUGCUGCUAGGUUUCUUCUAAUGUACAUAAUUUAACAUCGAGAUAGUUGCAUUUCUUGACAAGAAAGUUAUGUCCCUAAGAUAGUCCUAUGAACCCAACCGAUGCAGCCUUGUAUCCAACCUUUUCAGUUAGAACCAUCUUCUUUUAUUUAUUUCUAUGAGCCCAUAUCACGUUUUUCCGCUAAAGUUGUAAUUUGUAUGAUAAGAUGUAAGGAUAUAGAAAUAAAAGUUAAUUAAUUUUGAAUUUGUUCUUGAUGACAGUA